UGUUUGUGUAGGUAUUGUCAUGGCGAUGUCGGAGCCGCCUGUCAAGCCCCCUAGGGGCGUAAAAUAUGCUAAAGAAACGAGUGGAUUAUUGAUGUCAGUGAUACGGACUCUGUCUGCAAGUGAAUCAAAUGAACAGCGAGACAGAGAAAAGGGUAAAUUGGAAAGAGAAUACAAGAAAAGUGACCAAAGAUUGGAUGAACUUGUCUCAUUGCAUGAUCAAGAUCUUACACGUGUUAUGCAGCUGUUUGGAAAGCUCUCUACCCGAGUGCAAUUGUCACGAGAAAAAAUUCAUGCUGUUAAAGAAAACUUACAUGCUUGCAAAAUGCUCCUCCGGUGUCGGAGGGAGGAACUGAAAAAAUUGUGGCUUGAGGGAGUUGAGCAUAAACAUGUUCUGGAACUCUUAGAACAAAUUGAUCAGCUUCGGGAGGUUCCUUCAAAGCUGGAAAUGCAUUUGUCAAAGAAACAUUACCUGCAUGCAACCAGGCUUUUGGUUUCUGCUCUUUCUAUGGGAGAAGGUGACUUGGAAGGUGUUGAGGCUCUUCGUGAAGUCAGGAUGGAACUACAGGCCAAGAAGGAGAUACUCCACACGAAACUUACCGAGGAGCUGAGCCAGCAGCUGUACACACACCGUAAGCUUCAGGAGAACAUCCCUCUGCGCCGCCAGGGGUCUGGACGUGACAACUUGCUGUCGGGUUCACUUUCACCAUUUCAACGGGGCUCUGAACUUCGUGCUUCCACGAAAAGUUCCAGACACUUGUUAGAUCCUGGUACUAACAUCAGUCAGGGAAGCAGAGCUAGUCCGGGACUAAUACAACUAAAAAAUGAGGACUUAAUGAAUAUCAAGGAAGAUACAGAUUUAGAAGAUCCAGAAGCUAGCUCUGAGCACUUCAUGGCAAUUUUGGUAGAAUGUUUAGCCUUGCUGCAUAAGCUGCCAGAUGCUAUUGAGGCUGUAAAGACAAAUAUGCAGAGUGAACUGCUGGCAGUUCUCUCACGGGUAACUCAACAAGUGCAAGACCAUUCUUCAUCAAAUGCCCCACUCCAACUGCCUGCUUCCAACAUUCCAGUGCUGACACCUGUACCAUCAACUGGUCCUGCAUUUCUGCUGGAGCUGUUCAGUUCUGUAUUUGUACAGCUGAGAUGUAUCACAAGUGCUCAUGCUUCAUUAUUACACAUUUUUUCUUGCAUUGCUGAAAAACAUCACAUCGAUGUCCACCUGUAUGAAAUGGCUGAUGUCUGGUCAAAAAUACAAGCUGUUCUGCAGUUGCUCCUUACAGAUUACUUAGACAUUCAGAACACAAGCGGAGAGCCCCAGCAGGCUCCCUCAUUUUCAGAAUCAGCAAGUGACAUGUCUGUCUUCUUCACAAGAAAGAAACCUUCCAGACAGAAAAAGAGUCCUUUGUUUAAAUUUGACUAUUCGUCUCAUGCUCUAACCAUGAACAGCUAUCUCAAGGACCAGUGGAAGAGUGAUAGAGUUAUGAAGGACUAUGAAGAUCCAGUGCACCCUAAAAAGCCUAAGCAACUGGUAUGCCAACCAGAUCCUCAGAAUAUCAUAUACAUCUUCAUUCCACUGAUGAAAUUCAUUGAAGAAACUGAAAAAGAAACUGGGUGUAUCUCAAACAGUCACUGUACACUGAAGGCAUUUUUGGCUGAUUAUGUGAAGGAAGUCUUCUUGGGACGUCAUCAUGUGACAGUUGCAGGGAAGAUAGAAUUUGCAACCAAAGCACCAGACGCCUGGAGAGCCAUGACAAAUCCAGAUACAGUCAAGAACUUAAGGCUACCCAGGCCAUUAUUACAGAGUACUGUGAUAGUUGAGCAAUGUGUUCAGGAGCUUCGUGGUCUGAUGCAAUCACUUCCAGUAUACUCAGAGCAUUUUCUAGCCAUAAUAUGCAAUAUUGUGCGUGGGUAUCGAGAAACUUGUCAGGCUGCUUAUCGUGGCAUUGUGCAACCUGAUUCUGAGGAUAAACGAAUUUGUAGUGCUGCCUGGUUACGCGAUGAAGACAUUAGCCGUUUUAUCAAGUCCCUACCAAACUGGGUGGACCUCCAAGCAUCAAAGAAGGAAAGCACAAUAGGAGCUGUAACAGUGGAAGAAGAGAGUCCAGAGGAAGUACGGCAGCGUAACAUGAGGGAAGCGGAGAUUUUAGCCAGCAACUUGGGAGAAGGUGGAAUCAGUCGUUAUGAAAUAUUGUCUGAUGUGGGGCAGCUACGUCGCCUUGCCCAUCUGCAAGAGAGUAUGGAGUGGUUUUCAUCAUCAGUGAUGUCUUUUGCUGAAGAAUUGCUCCAUAGUAGCUCUGUCUCAAACCACUCUGCAACUACCUUGGACCAGUUACCGCCAUUACCUGAAUCAUCUGUACAGUGUCUUCUGCAAUUGGCUAAAGAAUUUGAAGAAUUGGCCAACACGUGCCUUUUAGUUCUUCAUCUUGAGGUCCGUGUACAAUGCUUCCACUACUUGUUACCACAGGCUGACACAUUCAAUAGAUUUGCAGGGGGUGGAAUGGACUCGCAAGAGCCAGACCCACAAGUUUUUAAACUCAGCCAAGUCCUUAUCAACAUUGAUGAGGCAAUGACAUCCAGCCUUCAGCCACGAAAAAUCAAGUAUAUAUUUGAAGGUUUGGGACACCUGAUUGCAAAAAUCUUGAUCAGCUCUGCACAGUACAUCAGACAGAUUGACGAAGGCGGAAUUCGAAAAAUGUGUCGCAAUAUUUUUGCUUUGCAACAGACUCUCACCAACAUUACAAUGGCCAGAGAGAUAGCAUUGGAUCAUGCAAGACAUUACUUUGAGCUCUUCUAUCUCACUCCAGAGGAAAUACUAAGCAGAGUGAUGGAGAAAGGACCGAGUUUCUCAGAACUGGAAUACAUGAAUGCCUUCCAGUUAAUACAUCGCAGUCAAUCUGAUUCUGAUUAUGGUGCUGUUAACCUUCACCUUAAACGCUUAUCUGACAUUUUAGGAGAAGUGUCUGUAACAGUGUAAAGAUUUGCAAGUGUGCUGCAAUUCAGGUCUCUUGCAAGGUAUUGUGAUCCAAUUUUUAGCACUGUGAAGCUUCAGCCUAUCAUUUUGACUGCUUGUGUCAAAUUAAACUGAUAAAUUCCAGGAAUAGAAUGGAACAAGUCUACCAAAAAAAAAAGUCACACUUAAUAAAUUA